GCAGCGGUAUCAUAGAGUGGUCUCAUGCUGCAGGGGGAAAGGUGUGAACUCUUUUGUGCAACAAUGACACCUGCCCCCCACGUUUCAGUUUCCUUCGAACUUUCCCUCGUGGGAGUUAGAGGGUUGACUAUAAAUGGUGGAACGGCGUGAAGUGCCAGACACACUGUGCAUCUUCUGACUCCAGACAACGACCAUGUUCCACAUGCACUGGCUGAUCGUGUUCCAGCUGCUCCCCUUCACUGGGGCAACUGAGAGCGGCAUAGUGGGGGGGAAGGUCGCAAAGCCUCAUUCUAGGCCCUACAUGGCAUCACUCCAACUUCAGGGCAAACAUUCAUGUGGCGGAUUGCUCAUUCGGGAGGACUUUGUUCUGACAGCAGCACACUGCAAACAAAAUCAGCCAAUGACGGUGGUACUUGGGGCACAUAACAUCAGGAAGAAAGAGAAAAGUCAGCAACGGAUCCGAGUAGCCAAGUACCAUCAGCAUCCAGAUUACACCGGAGAAUACGACUACGACAUAAUGUUGCUUCAGUUAGAGAACAAUGCCACGCUGACGAGGUCAGUGAAGGCCAUCAGGCUGCCUAGGAAAAGUGGGAAAGUCCCCGCAAACAUCAAAUGUGCCGUUGCCGGCUGGGGCCAAACCGCCAAAACGGCGUCCUCAGAUGUGCUAAAAGACACCACGGAAGUGAUACAGUUCGGCUUUGAGUGCAAAGAUAUAUGGAAACAAUACUUCAAUUCUGAGCACAUGAUCUGUACCAAAUUUGACAAAAAGAAGGGAGGGAUUUGCCAGGGCGAUUCUGGGGGACCACUGAUCUGCAACAAAGUGCUACAGGGUUUGACAGCUUUUACCGUGAAAGGUGAUUGCAACAAUCCCAAAUAUCCACACGUCUUCAUCAAAGUCAGUUCCUUUCUUCCCUGGAUUAAGAAAGUUAUGAAUUGAUGAAUGUCGCUGAGUCACUGUUGAAUGUUGUCCUUUCCUCACUUGCUUAUUCUGUAAACAUUGUGUUGGUUUUGAAAAAAAAAAAAAAGGAAAAUCGUGAAGCUGGUAAAACGGAAUGUUUGGCAUGUGAAGAGAAAAUCAACCGACAGUAUGAAAAAAAAUAUAUAUAAUGAAAAACUUUUUUUUUUUACACUGAGAACAUGUGCCCAUUACCUUUUAAAUCAUUUGACUAUACAGCAAGUUUCUUCAUUUGUGUGCUUAGCUGCCUUUUGCAAUGUUGCUUCGGCACAUUCUAAACUAUUUACAUAAGUAUUUUUAUCAUUCUAUUAAUUAUUCAUAAUAUUAAUAAAUCAUUAUCAAGGAUAUAACAGAGGAUAGAAGAGACGUGAUGGUUUGCUGUUGUUGGUGUUGUUCAGAGGCAUUACUGCCGAAACGCACCACAGACCACAGCUGUUCUCAGUCAUAGUGCAAACUUUUGAAGUUGAACCGCUUCCUGUCUGCAAAACCGAUCAUCUGCAGAGAAAGUGAAAGAAAUGUGUGGUUUAAAAAAAAAGCAGAGUUACUACUGAAUUCAUAUCGGCAAGGACUGGAGAUGAGAAACUCACCGGACUCGGGUCUCUUGUGAAAUAUCUCUUCUCUAUUACCUGUGAAGAAGGUUUAGGUUUAGAUUGAGAGGCCGAAGUCUCUUUAAAUACAAAACUCACAAAAAAACAAAAAAGGACAUUACAUGAUCGAGUAUCCUUAAAUCAUGCCAUAAAAUUCUAUAUCUAUAUCCAGGCUGUGGGUUACUCACCUUGUCAAAGAACCUGCUAAGCUUCACUGCGUUGGAUGUGCCUGCAGCAAGGUAUCUUGGGUUGGUGCAGUCCUGGAAAACAAAACAGCACCUCAGCCAUCAAACCGGAAAAAUAAAUGUUGUUUCUCUGCUGCAAUCUUGAAACUGUGUGAAUAGAAUAAACUUGUGAAUGUA